GAUGGGAUAUUUGUUUACCAGAAAAAGGUUUACUUUUUGGAUAAAAUUAUAAAAAAAUGUAAAUAUUAGAGAAGUAUAGUGCCAAUAUGUUAGAGGUGGUGGGUCAUAUCAAGAAGAUGGAAUUAAGAUUGGUUGGUGGGUAGAAUUAGAUGAAGGAUUUUGGAUGGGAAAAUAAAUCACUUUUAAUUGUGAAUAUAGCAAGUAAGGCAUGAAGAUUUGUACAUAUGUAUAAAAAGAAACAGAAGAAAAUGGUUAAGAAAAUAAAUAAAAUUUUGAUUUUAUUUAAAAAAUAUUANUUUUAGUGGUGGUGGAUCAUAUAAUUAAGAGGGUUAGAAGAAGAUUGGGAAAUGGGUUGAGUUGUGGGAAAAGUUUAGAAGCGAUGCGAAAGUCAUUUAUCAUGGGGAAUAUGAUAUAAAAGGUAUGAAAACAGGUAUGUGGGAAAUAAAAUACUAUUAAAAAAACGAGCAGCAAUAUUAAUAAAUGUAAAUAUUAUAUUAUUAUAGUAAUAAUAUUUUAGUGGUGGUGGAACAUAUGAUUAGGAAGGAAUUAAAAUUGGAAAAUGGAUAGAAUUGGAUGAAGGGUUUUGGGGGAAUAAAUAAGUCACUUACAAUGGAGAAUAUAACAUAAAGGGUAUGAAGAAAGGUAGAUGGGAUAUUUUAUUUGAAGGAAGAUUGAUGUAAUUAUUUGAUAACAAUGAUAUUUUAGUGGUGGUGGAUUUUAUUCAUAAUAGGGAAUUAAGUUUGGGCGGUGGGUUGAAUUAGGUGAAGGAUUUCAUAUUUGGGCUUAAAUAAUUUAUAAUGGUGAAUAUAAUACAAAUGGAAUGAAGAUAGGUAGGUGGGCUUUUGUAUUUGAGGGAAAAUAAAUGUAAAUAUUUUUUAAUUAUUGGAAUUAAUUUUAGUGGUGGUGGAUCAUAUGAUAAGGAGGGAAUGAAGAUUGGAAGAUGGAUAGAUUUAUAUGAAGGGUUUUAUUAUUGGGCUUAAGUUACUUAUAAUGGUGAAUAUAACACAAAGGGUGUAAAGGUAGGCCGAUGGGAUAUUUGUUUACCAGAAAAAGGUUUACUUUUUGGAUAAAAUUAUAAAAAAAUGUAAAUAUUAGAGAAGUAUAGUGCCAAUAUGUUAGAGGUGGUGGGUCAUAUCAAGAAGAUGGAAUUAAGAUUGGUUGGUGGGUAGAAUUAGAUGAAGGAUUUUGGAUGGGAAAAUAAAUCACUUUUAAUUGUGAAUAUAGCAAGUACCAUACUUUCUUUAAAUGGAAGAAUAGGAUAAAUUUUAAAUAAUUAAAUAGUUAUCAAUUCAAAAGAUAACAAACAUAUUUAGAUUUAAUAUUAACUAAUCAAAAAAAUAAAAGAUAUAUUAUAGAAUAAUUCAUAAUCAUAAACUUUCUUAAGUUCAAUAUGA